AUGGGUUACACUCACUACUACACCAUCGAUAACACCUCCAGCCGCGAAUGGCGAGCCACCUGGCCGCAGCUCGUCGAGGACGCUCAAAAAAUCAUCGACAACUCCAGCGUACCUAUUGGCGGUCCCGAUUUCGACGCCGGCCCACCAAUCAUCGACGUAAAGCAGGGAAUACACCUCAACGGAGUGGGAGACGACGGACACGAGCCUCUCUGUUUGGACCGACACGGCAACGCUGGAUUUUCAUUCAUCAAGACGGUUCAUAAGCCAUAUGAUGAGGUGGUCGCGUGUAUCUUGCUCAGGGCGGCUAUGCUGGCUCCGAACUGUGUUAGCUUGAGCUCGGAUGGUGAUUGGGAGCAUGACUGGACUGCGCCUCGCCAGUUGUAUAAGGAUUUGUGGGGUGAGGAUGUGGAGUGUCCAUGGAGUGAGACUGAGGUUGCGGAUGAUUAG